AUGUUCAGAGGUAUUAGCCGCUGUUCGCAGCAGUCUGUGCUACAACGCAUCGCGUGCCGUAGCAGUAUCGACAGCGUCAGAAGCAGGCUAGGCGCUGUCAGAAGCCUGGCAAGUGCUGGUAGUGGGAGCAGCGACAACUUUCUGUUGACCACCAAUGCCAGUUACAUUGACGAAAUGUUUGAGGCGUGGAAAAAGGAUCCAAACUCUGUCCACGUGUCGUGGAACGCAUACUUCAAAAAUAUGGGGAACACCCAAAUGCCGGCUUCGUCGGCAUUCAUAGCACCUCCAACUUUGGCGUCGCACCACACGGGUGGUCAGAUCCCUCAGGACAUGGCCAUGGGUGUCUCGGGCGCCACCUCUGGUUCGAUGGAUCAGGGUAUUCUCACGCAUUUGAAAGUGCAACUACUGUGCCGUGCCUAUCAAGUUAGAGGCCACCAAAAGGCUCAUAUUGAUCCAUUACAGAUCUCGUUUGGCGACGACAAGUCGAAGCCGCUACCCAAAGAACUCACUCUAGAGUACUACGGUUUUACAGAACGCGAUCUGGAGAGUGAGAUCACGCUAGGACCUGGUAUUUUGCCCCGUUUCACGCGUCAGGGCAGGAAGACUAUGACUCUGCGCGAAAUCAUCGCUGCCCUCGAAAAAGUGUACUGCUCCUCGUACGGUGUCGAAUAUAUCCACAUCCCUUCCAGAAACCAAUGUGAUUGGCUCAGAGAAAGAAUCGAGAUUGCUAAACCUUAUAACUACACAAUUGACGAAAAGAGGCAGAUCUUGGAUAGGCUCACUUGGGCUACUUCGUUCGAGACCUUCCUGUCGACCAAGUUCCCCAACGAUAAACGUUUCGGUUUGGAAGGUCUGGAAGGUGUCGUUCCAGGUAUCAAGACUUUGAUCGACAAAUCAGUCGAAUUGGGUGUUGAAGAUGUUGUGUUAGGUAUGGCACACCGUGGUAGACUAAAUGUUUUAUCCAACGUGGUGCGUAAACCAAACGAAUCCAUCUUCUCCGAAUUUACCGGCUCUGUUGCUCCAGAAGAGUACGAAGGUUCUGGUGACGUCAAGUACCAUUUGGGUAUGAACUACCAAAGACCAACCACCUCCGGUAAAUACGUGAAUUUGUCAUUAGUUGCAAACCCUUCACAUUUAGAAGCCCAAGAUCCAGUUGUUUUGGGAAGAACUAGAGCUAUCCAGUUUUCCAAGAAUGAUUUAGACAAAUACCAAAAGGCAAUGGGUGUUUUGUUGCACGGUGAUGCCGCUUUCGCCGCUCAGGGUGUCAUUUACGAAACUAUGGGUUUCCUCCAUUUACCAGAGUACUCUACCGGCGGUACUAUUCAUAUCAUCACCAACAACCAAAUUGGCUUCACCACUGACCCAAGAUUUGCCAGAUCUACUCCAUAUCCAUCCGAUAUUGCGAAAGCAAUUGACUCUCCUAUCUUUCACGUCAAUGCCAACGAUGUUGAAGCACUCACGUUUAUCUUCCAUUUAGCUGCUGAAUGGAGGGCUACCUUCCACACCGAUGUUAUCAUUGAUGUUGUAGGCUGGAGAAAACAUGGUCAUAAUGAAACUGACCAGCCCUCUUUCACUCAGCCGCUAAUGUACCAAAAGAUUAGCAAGCAAAAGUCAGUCAUCGACGUAUACACUGAGAAACUGAUCUCUGAAGGCUCUUUCACUAAGCAAGAUAUCGAUGAACACAAACAAUGGGUCUGGGGUCUCUUUGAGCAAGCUUUUGACAAAGCUAAGGACUACAAGCCUACAUCCAGAGAAUGGCUGACCGCUGACUGGGCAAACUUCAAGUCUCCUAAAGAGCUAGCAUUGGAGAUCUUGCCUCACGAACCAACCACUGUUGAUGUUUCGAAGUUGAAAGGUAUCGGUAAGGCUAUAUCGUCAUGGCCUGAAGAUUUCGAGGUUCACAAAAACUUGAAGAGAAUCUUGACCAACAGAGGCAAGGCUGUAGAUGCCGGCGAAGGUAUUGACUGGUCUACUGGUGAAGCUUUAGCGCUAGGAUCUUUGGCAAUGGAAGGUUACCAUGUCAGAGUUUCAGGUGAAGACGUUGAAAGGGGUACAUUUUCUCAACGUCAUGCAGUUUUGCACGAUCAAAAGUCCGAAAGAACCUACACUCCACUACAGAACUUGAGUGACAAGCAAGCGAACUUCACUAUUUGUAACUCGUCCUUGUCUGAAUACGGUUGCAUGGGUUUCGAAUACGGUUACUCUUUGACCUCACCUGACUACUUGGUGAUGUGGGAAGCGCAGUUCGGUGAUUUUGCCAACACUGCACAGGUCAUCAUUGACCAAUUUCUAGCAGGAGGUGAAGCUAAAUGGAAGCAGCGCUCCGGUUUGGUGCUGUCACUACCACACGGUUACGAUGGUCAAGGUCCUGAGCACUCCUCUGGUAGAUUGGAAAGAUUCUUACAAAUGGCUAACGAAGAUCCCAGAUACUUCCCAUCCGAGGAGAAAUUGCAAAGACAACAUCAAGAUUGUAAUUAUCAAGUUGUUUACCCAACUACUCCCGCAAACUUGUUCCACAUUCUGAGAAGACAACAACAUCGCCAAUUCCGUAAACCACUGAUAUUAUUCUUCUCCAAGCAACUUCUACGUCAUCCUUUGGCAAGAUCAGAUUUAUCUGAGUUCACAGACGGUGCCUUCCAGUGGAUCAUCGAAGAUGUCGCUCACGGUAAGACUAUUGCGCCAAAGGAGGAAACUAAACGUUUGGUGAUCUGCACUGGUCAAGUCUACACUGCUUUGCACAAAAAACGUGAAUCGCUUGAAGAUAAGAACACUGCCUUUUUGAAGAUCGAACAGGUACACCCAUUCCCAUUUGCUCAACUGCGUGACUCUUUGAACUCCUAUCCAAACUUGGACGAAAUAGUGUUCUGCCAAGAAGAACCUUUGAACAUGGGUUCAUGGUCUUACGCGGCGCCUAGGUUUGAAACCGUUCUGCAAAAGACAGAUAAGUACAAGGACUACAAGAUCAGGUAUGCCGGCAGAAACCCAAGCGGAGCAGUCGCUGCUGGUUCGAAGAGUUUGCACAACGCCGAAGAACAAGCAUUCUUGAAAGAAGUUUUUGGUCAAUGA